AUGACCAGUCGUGGUAAUGGUACAUUUACUGUUAUAAAAAGAUGGUCUCGAUUUUGUUCAUUUCAAAAUUCUGGAGCGAAUUUAACUGGAAAUGAAAUCCAACUAUCUAUUGGUCGUAAUUUCUGUGAAAAAGAAUUAGAAUUAUCAUCAUGUUCAGCACAUCUAAUUAUAACGAUUAUUUUAUUUCAUCUUUUAUUCAUUUAUUUUAUAUAA